UAGUUUCUUUUAAAGAAUUACUAUAAAACAAGCGAUGUUCUGAGAAAAAAAAUAUCUAAUAUAAAAAUUAAUGAUUGUUGUAUGAAAUAUUUUAAAGUAUAUUGACUCAUUCUUAAACUUAAAUUAUUUAAAUACAUAAAACAAAAGAUAUUUUGAUUAAUUUUAAUGAACGAUUUAAUACCAGUCUGUUAAUAUCAUAGUCUUUAUGAACCAGUGGUAUAAUGUGCGGAUGUGUAAUUAUGAGAAGUAUGUGGGAUGUUAUUCACUAAUACAAUAGAAUGACAUUCAAUUACGACAUUAAUUGAGAGAAUUCUAGACUUGUAGUUUCAAAAUCAACAAGAGACGGUAUCUAUUAAAACAAACCUAACCUUGAACAACAUUAAAACUAAAAAAAUGGGAAGUAUAUGUAACGAUUGUAUGGCUAGAGUGCCAUAUGCAACUCUUAUUGCAACAAUAAUGUGUUGUUUAGGAGUAGGUAUAUUUUGUGGCACAAUGUAUAGAGGUGUCACAUUGGGUUCUUUAAUGAUGGAUCAGGUAUUUCAUUUACGACUUGGAUGGUUAGAAGCUGUUCAAUUGAUUUUUGCAACAAUUGGUGCUAGUAUGGCAGCUUUAGGCUUUAUGAUAUUAUGCGUUGGUUGUCUUGCAACUGGAGCUACAAGACAUAAAGUAUAUAGAGCCUGGAGGUCUAGAGUUGGUGGACGUAUUUCUUGUGCUGUUUUCAUGACAAUUACUUAUAUAUUACAACUAGGUUGGCUUCUAAUAUUUGCAUUCUUGGUUAUAAUUGCUUGGAUUUUUACUAUAUUCUGGGGUUUGUGCAGCAAUCCUCGUGUCCAAUCUCUUGAUCAAUGUAUUGAUUUUACCCAAUUUAGUUUUAUAUUCCCAAAUAAUACAAGAAUAGAGGAUAUGAAAAUAUGUGGACCACAAGAAGUGAAAUUAUUUUGUAAAGAUUUUGUUGAAAAAGCAGUGGUUAUGUUUAUUUUGGCAACAAUAGCUGCUAUGUUGGUUGUAUUAAGUCUCAUACAUUAUUUGAUGUGUUUAUCUGCUAAUUAUGCACACAUUAGGGAUCAUGAAAAGUUUCAAGAAUUGCAAGAGCUUCAGUAUCUACAAGACCCAGGAGAUCCAGACUCUCCUCAACCUGGUAUGGGAACUUUGAGUUCGCAUCGUGCUAAGGAUAGAUUCUAGGAUACGGCCCGCGAGAUCUUCGCGAUGAAUCCUUUAUAAAACAUUGAAAAUAUCUAUAAAAAUUGAUAACUAUUUAAUGUUAUUCUUCUCUACGUACCUAUACUCAGUAUUCUACUAAUUGAUUAAUGUGAUAGCAGUUUACUGAUCGAAGAUCUUGCGGGAACACUUUAUGCCGUCCAUUGUCUUAAAAGCAUUUAUUUUUCUUAAAGUCAUGAAUUUAUUAAAUGACUAAAACAAAAUAUUUCAUCUUUUGUAACGUUCUUUUGAUUAUUUGUUGAAUUUCUAUACAUUAAUAUAUAACAUAUAACAUUUCAUUCCUCAUACAUAUUUGUUAAUUAAAUAUAUUUUAUUAUAUUUCAAACAAAACUGUAUAGUAUUAUAAAUGUGCAAAAUAUAAACGCACAAAGAA